ACUCAGACGAAGGUUGUACGGUCCAUUUUGUUGCAGAAAAAGGAAACUUGGAUAGAUGGGGGAGGUGGGUUCAAAGAAGAGGAAUUGGAAGCUGCAAUCCUUGACAAAACUAGCGAAGUGAUAUCAACUAUAAAGAAUGCCAAACACGUUGAUCAAGUCAUUUGUACGCUUAACUCCAUUGCCACCCUUCUUUUUCCUAUUGACUCUUCUCAUAUUUCAGGUAGCAUUGAUGAGAAUUACCGGGACCAGGUCUUGGGAGUCAAAGUUCAUUCAGCAGAAGAGCGGGCAGAGUGGUGGCAGGCAUUUUACCAUGGGAUUGCUUUUCGAACAUUCGCGCGAUUCUUGUUACUUGAUGUUGCCCCCAACUGGCUGGCCUGUUUUCCCUUUUCUGCAAAGAAACAUGUUUACGAUGUUUUCUUUGUUCAUGGACUUAUCCCCGAGGUUGUGCAGAUUUUGGCUCUUUCACUGCAGCAUAAUGGAACUGAUGGUCCAGAUAUUAAUGCUGUCCUCUCAAAUUCUGAAAGGUUGCUUGUACUGUGCUUGAUUGAACAUAAAGGAGUGCUUCAAAUGGCAAGAGAGUUUGGUGGUUCUCAUAAAUCAGCAGCUUUUACGUAUGAACAAUUCAAGGCAGAUGUCUCUAGGGUGGCUCAGAUUGUUGCAUCUAUUCCUGACAAAGCAAGAAUGAACUCUCUGACUUCAUUGUCAUCUCACUUGUUCUUCAGGCAGAUUAUCAUCCAACUGCUCUCCCUGGCAGAAGAAAGAGAUAUGGUUCUGCAAAAUAGAAUGGAGAUUGGAGAAAAGGACAACAGUGGUACUCUGAUAUUUGGUGGGGAAUUGUUUACUCGCAUCUGUCGCCGUGGCUCUGCUGAUCUGUUAUCAAGGGAAGUAACCCCCCGAGUUCUAAGUCAUGUACAGAGUUGCUUGCUAAGUAAUGAUUCAGUUACUGAGGAAUUGCUUGAGUCAAACCCAGAUUCUUUUUUCUGGUUGAGAAUGAUGGAGACAAUUAGAGAUCCCUAUGCAGUGGAAAGAAUCUCUGAGCAGAUUUUGCAUCAGCUAGCUUCUCAGCAUGCAAAUGAUAUGCUAGCCUAUUGGGUUCUGUGGUUGUUGUUUCAUCGCACUUUUAAGCAGCAGGCUUCCGUCAGGUCUUUGUUCGUGGACAAAUUCUUGCUCUGGAAAGUAUUUCCCUUAAGUUGUCUGAAGUGGAUUCUUCAAUUUUCAGUUCAUGAAUGCCCGCCAGGUACCAUUGUAUCUGGGCAUAGUCGCCCUGGGCUCUUACAUGUACUCCAGCGUCUGGUGGCUGUAUGGUCUAAGAAAGAAUUUGUGCAAACAGCAUCUAUUGAGCAGCAAGCUUAUAUAUCUGCCGCUUUAGGCCUUUCCCUUGAGACAAUGACUAAAGAGGAAUUAGAUGGGACGAAGGAUGUCAUGCAUUUGAUUCUUCAAGGAGUUAGCUGUAGGCUGGAGAGUCCAAAUAAUUUAGUUAGAAGAAUGGCUAGCACGGUUGCUUUAGUGUUGUCUAAAGUUAUUGAUCCAAAAAAUCCUCUAUACCUUGAUGAAAGCUGCAGUGGUGAGACAAUUGAUUGGGAAUUUGGAUUAAAUGUUCCCAAGAAAGGCACUCUAGCUGCAUCAGAUUGCAAAGUAAAAGGUGUGGGAGAAACAAGAAUAACAAUGUCAGAUCCAGAAAGGGGCUCUGAUUCCCCCUCUAAUAGCGGGAUAAGCAUGAAUAAAAGGGAUAAAAAGAAGUUAUUGGAGUUUAAUGUGCUUGACCCAGACGAGAUUAUUGAUCCAGCUUCACUAAAUCUUGAAUCAGACUCUGGUAAUGAUGGUAAUGAUGUGGAUGAUAGUGGAAGUGAGGAUUCAUAUUCCUCAAGUGAUUCAUCUUUACAGCCAUAUGACUUGUCAGAUGAUGAUUCAGAUUUGAAAAAAAGAAUAUCACAGUUGGCUGAUGUAGUUGCAGCUCUUCGAAAAACUGAUGAUGCUGAUGGGGUGGAAAGGGCUAUAGAUGUUGCGGAAAAACUCAUAAGAGCGUCCCCUGAUGAACUUAAACACAUAGCAGGUGAUCUGACCAGAACUCUUGUUUAUGUUCGUUGCUCUGAUAUAUCUGUAGAAGGAGCAGAAGAAUCUACUGAAGACAAACGACAAAAGGCCCUAGUUGCCUUGUUAGUCACCUGCUCAUUUGAAGCGCUGGAUACUCUAAACAAGCUAUUAUAUUCUCCUAAUUUAGACAUCAGCCAACGCAUAAUGAUAUUAGAUGUCAUGACAGAAGCAGCUCAGGAGCUUGCUGAAAUGAAAAUUUUGAAACCCAAACACAAGACUGGAUCCCUCGUCUCAGUUGUUUCAGAUACCCAACCAUGGUUCUUGCCAAGCAGCGCAGGGCCUCCUGGAGCUGGUUCCUGGAAAGAGAUCUCAAGAACAGAAACUAUAUUGAAUUGGUCAAAUAGCUACGAGAGGGAACUUCCCUCUAAACCUAAUCAAAUCAAGAGAGGGAAGACACGCCGGUGGAGUUUGGGAUUACCUUCUACUCAACAGAAUGUGGAAUGUUCCCGGAACAAGUUUCCUCUUUAUGCUGCUGCAUUCAUGCUUCCUGCCAUGGAGGGAUAUGAUAAGAAAAGGCAUGGUGUUGAUUUGCUUGGCAGGGACUUCAUUGUCCUUGGGAAACUUAUUCAUAUGCUUGGGGUUUGCAUGAAAUCUUUAGCAAUGCACCCAGAAGCAUCUGCCCUUGCUACCUCUCUUCUGGAUAUGUUAAGAUCCAGGGAGGUAUGCCAUCAUAAAGAAGCAUAUGUGAGAAGAGCUGUUCUUUUUGCAGCUGCAUGCAUUGUGAUCGCUCUUCACCCAACUUACAUUGCAACUGCCUUGUUGGAAGGAAAUACUGAUAUAUCUGCAGGCCUCGAUUGGAUUCGCACAUGGGCGCUCGAGGUAGCUGAGUCAGACGCAGAUAGCGAGUGCUAUAUGAUGGCUAUGAAAUGCAUUCAACUCCACGGGGAGAUGGCUCUUCAAACUUCAAGAGCUUUAGAGUCAGCAAAAAGUUCAUUCAAGCCAAGUCCUGCUCUGCCUUCCAAUGGUUCCAAGAUGGCGGUUAAAAUUCCCUACUUAAACGGGAAUUUCUGAUCCUAUUAUGCUGCAUUUCAAUCUUCUCUUCACUCCUUUUUGAUGGCCGUUCCUGUAAUCUGUGUUCAUAAAUAGGAUUGUAAAGUUGGCUAUUGUUAUAGUUUGACACCGAUGCUCGGACAGGUUUCAAAUGGCUUCCAAGUCCAAUUGUAUUCGUUUUUAUGCCUUUUUCAGUUU